GCCGGGCUGCCCAUACGGUACGCCAUCGUGGACGGCAACGACGACGGCGCGUUCACGCUCAAGACGGCCGAGAAUAUCGCCGGCAACAUCACCAACAAGUCGUACUACAAGGGCGUGCACCUGGUCACCAAGCGGCCGCUGGACCGCGAACAGAAGCCGUCGUACGACCUGAUCGUGCAGGCGGCCGACGGUAGCGGCAUCGACAAGGCGUACACCAAGAUCCACGUGCAAGUGCUGGACGUCAACGACAACGACCCGGUGUUCUUGCAGACGCUGUACCGGAUCAACGUGGACGCGUUCAACCUGGGCCUGGACAACGGGUCGGCAGAGGCAGCCGGACCGGGACGGUACUCGAACGUCGGCCGCGUCGAAGCCACCGACGCGGACGGCGACCACGUGGCGUACAGGCUGUCCGCGCCCAGCUCCGUCGUGGUGGUGGUGCCGCAGACGGGCGAGCUGCUGGUGUCCGACGACGUGCUCAGGGCCCACGAGUACUUCGAGUGUCAGGUGACGGUGAACGCGCACGACCUGCGCACGCCGUCCCGCAUGGCCGUCGAACCGGCCACCGUGUGGAUACAGUACAACUUCGUGGUGCUCGACGACGACAUACUCAUGCAGGACUUCAACGUGUACGACGACGCCGGCGACCAUCGGAUCUACAAGCGGCGCGUCACCCGGGCGGUGAGGCCGACCAAGAGGAUCGAGUUCACCGAGACGGACGGCGAACAGGAGGGCCGCAGCGUGUUCCCGCUGGAGAAGGAGACGGAAAAGGAGACGUUCAAGAUCCGGGACGAGAACCCGUGGGUGACGGUCGAGCCCAACGGCGCGGUCCGGGUCAAGAAGAAGUGGGACUACGAAGAGCUGGGACCGGAAAAGACCAUCGACUUUUGGGUGACCAUCACCAACGCCGACGUGGGAGAUACGGACAACCAGAGAGUGAUCAUACACGUGAAGGACGUGAACGACGAACCGCCUUACUUCAUCAACCGUCCGCUGCCCAUGCAAGCGGUGGUUCAGCUGAACGCACCGCCCAACACACCCAUAUUCACGCUUCAGGCCAGAGACCCGGACACCGACCACAGCAUUCAUUAUUUCAUCGUGCGAGACAGGACCGGGGGAAGGUUCGAAGUGGACGAACGGUCCGGCGUGGUGCGUACCAGAGGCACGGAUCCGUUUCAGCUUGACAUGGAAUACGUUUUGUAUGUGAAAGCCGAAGACCAAAACGGCCGGAUGGACGAGCGAAAGUUCCAGGCCACGGCCGAAGAGCGCCUGUCCAUCGUGGGCGGAAAAAGAGCACCGCAGUUCUACAUGCAAUCGUACGAAGCGGAAAUACCGGAAAACCAAAGGAAGGACUCUGACAUUAUAUCGGUAAAAGCCAAGUCGUUCGCCGACCGAGAAAUAAGAUACACUCUCAAGGCCCAGGGUCAAGGCGCCGGUACUUUUAACAUCGGACCGACAUCGGGCAUCGUUAAACUGGCCAAAGAAUUGGAUUUCGAAGACUUGAGACAGCCACACGUUUACUCGCUCAUCGUCACCGCCACCGAAGAUUCCGGAGGAUUUUCCACUUCGGUCGAGCUCACCAUCCGCGUGACUGACGUCAACGACAAUGCACCCAAAUUCGAGUUACCAGACUACCAGGCUCACAACGUGGACGAGGACAUUCCUCUGGGCACUUCCAUACUCAAGGUGAAGGCGAUGGACGCGGAUUCUGGGGAAAACGCCGAGAUAGAGUAUCACGUCAGUGACGACCAUUUCGCCGUGGACUCGUCCGGCAUAGUCAACAACAACAAGCAAUUGGACGCUGACAAUAACAACGCUUACUACGAGUUCGUGUUGACGGCCAAAGACAAAGGUGAGCCCCCCAAGACCGGAACGGCUACUAUCAGGAUUUACACGAAAAAUAAAAACGAUGAAGAACCCAAGUUCUCACAACAGGUGUACACACCCAACGUGGAUGAAAACGCCGGGCCUAACACGCUGGUCACGACGGUAGUGGCGUCGGACAAAGAUGGCGAUAACGUGAGGUUCGGCUUUGUUGGCAGCGGCACGUCGUCCGGUCAGUUCGUCAUCGAAGAGAUAACUGGUGUCAUCCGUCUGCACUCUAAGUCUAUAUCUCUGGAACGCGACAAAUACGAGCUGAACGUGACCGCCAUAGACGACGGCGCAUGUUGCGUCAACGGAGCCGCCACCAUACAUACCAGUACCGCGGUCGUGGUAGUGUUCAUCACGGACGUCAACGACAACAAGCCCGUGUUCAGGGAAUGUGCCAAGUAUAACCCCAAAGUGGAAGAGGGCGCUCCCAACGGGAGUCCGGUGCUCAAGGUGCACGCGACCGACGAGGACAAAGGAGUCAACGGUCAAGUCAAGUACUCAAUCGUACAGCAGCCCAAUCAGAAAGGUACCAAAUUCAUCGUUGACGAGGAAACCGGAGAGGUGUCCACCAACAAGGUGUUCGACAGGGAAGGCGACGACGGCAAGUUCGUUUCGGUCACCAUCAAAGCGACCGACCAAGGAGAUCCGUCUCUAGAAGGCGUAUGCUCGUUUACCGUCGAGAUAACCGACGUCAACGACAACCCUCCGCUUUUCGACCGACAGAAAUACGUGGAAAACGUCAAGCAAGACGCCAGCAUUGGUACCAACAUACUCAGGGUGUCCGCCUCGGACGAGGACGCCGACAAUAACGGCGCCAUUGUGUACUCGUUGAGCGCACCUUAUCCCGGAGACGACCUGGACUACUUUGAGAUCCAACCCGAGUCCGGUUGGAUCGUCUUGAAGAAACCGCUCGACCACGAAAAGUAUCGUCUGCGCGUAAGAGCCUCGGAUUGUGGUCAGCCACCGUCGUCGGCUGAAGUCGAUAUCGAGCUGGACGUAGUUGACCGGAACAAUAAGCCUCCUCUGUGGGAACGCACCGUGUACGGCCCCACGCACGUCAAAGAGAAUGUCACAAUCGGUACCAUAGUGAUCUCGGUGAAAGCCAGUUCGGGAAUCGAAGGCAAUCCGACGGUGUUCUAUCGCCUGAUGCCUGGCUCGACGGCUCAAACCAACAAGUUCCACACGUUCUACCUGCAACAGAGACCCGACAACGGUUUCACGUGGGCCGACAUCAAAGUCAAUCAUCCGCUGGACUAUGAGACCAUCAAGGAAUACAACUUGACCAUCCGCGUGGAGAACAACGGGGCUCAACAGCUGGCUUCCGAGGCGACGGUGUUUAUCAUGUUGGAGGACGUCAACGACGAGAUACCUUUGUUCACGGAACGCGAGCAGGAGACGGUUCUGGAAGGUGAACCGAUCGGCACCAAAGUCACGCAGGUCAACGCCAUCGACAAGGACGGCACGUUCCCGAACAACCGGGUCUAUUACUAUGUGGUGGAUUCGCCGCGUAACGAGGGCAAGGACUACUUCGAGAUCAACACCGAGACCGGCGAAGUGUUCACCAAAGUGGUGUUCGACAGGGAAAAGCAAGGGGCUUACGCCCUGGAAGUGGAAGCCAGAGACGGAGCUCCGUCCGCUCGGCCCGGCAACGACAACGCUCCCAAUUCCGUGUCCAAGUUCAUCCGCAUUGGCAUCGCCGACAAAAACGACAACCCGCCGUACUUCGACAAGGCUCUGUACGAGGCCGAGGUGGACGAGAACGAGGACAUCCAACACACGGUGCUGACGGUGACGGCUAAGGACCACGACGAAUCGUCCCGAAUCCGGUACGAGAUCACUGGAGGCAACUUGGGCGGUGCUUUCGCCGUGAAAAACAUGACAGGCGCCAUUUACGUGGCCGGACCGUUGGACUACGAGACCAGGAAACGAUACGAGCUGCACUUGUCGGCGUCGGACAAUCUCAAGGAAAACCAUACGAUAGUCGUGAUCCACGUGAAAGACGUGAACGACAAUCCGCCGGUGUUCGAACGGCCCACGUACAGGACUCAGAUCACCGAAGAGGACGACCGCAACUUGCCCAAACGCGUGUUACAGGUGACGGCCACCGACGGCGACAAGGACCGUCCGCAGAACAUCGUGUACUUCCUCACCGGUCAGGGUAUCGAUCCGGACAAUCCGGCCAACAGCAAAUUCGACAUAAACCGCACUUCCGGAGAGAUAUUCGUGCUCAAGCCUUUGGACAGAGAUCAGCCCAACGGUAGACCUCAGUGGAGAUUCACGGUGUUCGCGCAAGACGAAGGGGGCGAAGGCCUGGUUGGCUACGCCGACGUGCAGGUCAACCUGAAGGACAUUAACGACAACGCUCCCGUGUUCCCGCAGGGAGUGUACUGGGGCAACGUCACCGAAAACGGAACGGCUGGAAUGGUCGUGAUGACAAUGACGGCCGUGGACUACGACGACCCGGCCGAGGGCACCAACGCCAAGCUGAUCUAUUCGAUAGAGAAGAACGUGAUCGAAGAGGAGACGGGCACGCCGAUAUUCGAAAUAGAAUCCGAAACGGGAGUGAUCAAGACGGCCGUGUGCUGUCUGGACAGAGAACGGACGCCGGACUAUUCCAUCCAGGUGGUGGCCAUGGACGGCGGAGGGCUGAAGGGCACCGGGACCGCGUCCAUCCGGGUCAAGGACAUCAACGACAUGCCGCCGCAGUUCACCAAAGAGGAGUGGCUGACCGAAGUGGACGAGACCGACGGUUUCAACCUGCCCGAGACGCCCAUUCUCACUGUGACCGUUCACGACGAGGACGAGACCAACAAGUUCCAGUACAAGGUGAUCGAGAACAGCGGUUACGGCGCCGACAAGUUCACGAUGGUCCGCAACAACGACGGCACGGGCUCGCUGAAAAUCGUUCAACCGCUGGACUUUGAGGACCAACUGCAGAGCAACGGGUUCCGUUUCAGAAUACAGGUCAACGACAAGGGCGAAGACAACGAUCACGACAAGUACCACGUGGCUUACUCGUGGGUGGUGGUGAAACUGCGCGACAUCAACGACAACAAGCCGCAGUUCGAACGGCCCAACAUCGAGGUGUCCGUGUACGAAAACGUGGAGGUGGGCAAGAGCCUGGAAACGUUCAAGGCCACCGACCCGGACCAGGGUGGCAAGAGUAGAGUGUCGUACGCCAUCGACCGCGCGUCAGACCGCCGCCGGCAGUUCCGCAUCAGCCAGGAGGGCACGGUGUCGAUUCAGCGGCAAUUGGACAGAGAGGAAACCCCCAGACACCAGGUGAAAAUUUUGGCCAUCGACGACGGUAUACCGCCCAAAACGGCCACCGCCACCCUGACGGUGAUCGUGCAGGACAUCAACGACAACGCGCCCAAACUUCUGCGGGACUACCGACCCAUGUUGCCGGAACACGUGCCCGCCAGAAAGGUGGUGGAAGUGUUGGCCACCGACGACGACGACCGGUCCAAGAGCAACGGGCCGCCGUUUACAUUCCGAAUGGACCCGAACGCGGACGACGUGAUCCGAGCUUCGUUCAAAGUGGAACACGACCAGAAGGGCGCAAACGGCGACGGAAUGGCCGUCAUUUCAUCCCUGCGGUCGUUCGACCGGGAACAGCAAAAGGAGUAUCUCAUACCGAUAGUGAUCAAGGACUCGGGCAACCCGGCCAUGACCGGCACCAGCACGCUGACCGUCAUCAUACGGGACGUGAACGACAACAAGAUGCAGCCGGGAUCCAAAGAGAUAUUCGUCUACAACUACAUGGGCCAAGCACCCGAAACGGAAAUCGGUCGGGUGUACGUGUACGACUUGGACGACUGGGACUUGCCGGACAAGAAGUUCUACCCGGACAGCGUGGAGCACCCGCGGUUCAAGCUCAACGACACCACGGGCAUGAUCGUCAUGCGCCACGGCACCCGCGAAGGACAGUACGACUUGCGGUUCAAGGUGUACGACAGGAAGCACACGCAGACGGACAUAUCGGCCAACGUGACCGUUACCGUGAAAGAGAUAUCGCACGAGGCCGUCAUGAACGCCGGAUCGAUCAGGAUAGCCGGGAUUUCGGACGAGGACUUUAUCAGGAUAUGGAACUACAGGACGCAGAGUUUGGUCAGGAGCAAAUUGGACAGAUUCAAGGACAAACUGGCCGACAUACUCAGCACUCCCAGGGACAACAUUGACGUGUUCAGCGUUCAGUUGAAACAGAAAUAUCCCCCUCUGACCGACAUCAGGUUUUCGGCUCACGGUUCGCCUUACUACAAGACGGUCAAGCUCAACGGUCUCAUACUUAUGCACCGCGAAGAGAUCGAGAAGGAGGUGGGCAUCAACAUCACCAUGGUCGGCAUCGACGAGUGUCUGUACGAAUACGCCAACUGCGAGGGCAGCUGCACCAACGUGCUGGAGAUAAACACCUUGCCUUACAUGGUGAACGCCAACAAGACGGCGCUGGUCGGCGUCAGAAUCGAUUCUUACGCCGAAUGCACUUGCGGGGCCCGGAACUUCUCCAAGAUGGACACGUGCAAAUCCAGCCCGUGCCUGAACGGUGGACGGUGCACGGACACCAGGAACGGGCCGGCGUGCGAAUGCCCGGCCGGUUACAACGGACCCAGGUGCCAGCAGACGGCCAGGAGCUUCAGGGGCAACGGCUGGGCGUGGUAUCCGCCUCUGGACAUGUGCGACGACUCGCAUUUGAGCCUGGAGUUUGUCACCAGGAAAGCGGACGGACUGAUUCUCUACAACGGGCCGAUAGUGCCGCCCGAACCCGAAGAGACGUUGGUGUCGGAUUUCAUUUCGGUCGAAUUGGACAGGGGACAGCCGCGUCUGCUCAUCGACUUCGGCUCGGGCACGCUGGAACUCAAAGUGAAAACCAAAAAGAGCUUGGACGACGGCGAAUGGCACAAGAUAGACGUGUUCUGGGACACCGAGAACGUACGUCUGGUGGUCGACAAUUGCCGUUCGGCCGACAUCUCCGAGCUGGAAGACGGUUCCCAUCCGGACUUUGACGACUCUUCGUGUCAGGCCCAAGGCACCAUACCGCCGUUCAACGAGUUCCUGAACAUCAACGCGCCGCUCCAGCUGGGCGGCAGGUACAUACAGGACUUCGACCCGACGCAUUACCACUGGCAAUCGGCCCCGUACGGCAAAGGAUUCGACGGAUGCAUCAAGAACGUUUACCACAACAGCAAACUGUACGACCUGGCGCAUCCCGGCCUGUCCCGCAACAGCUUUGCCAAUUGCCCGCAGACCGAGGACAUGUGCUUGCAGUUGGCCGGCCACAGGUGCACGAUGCACGGCACUUGCGUGGGCAGCAUGGUGGAGCCGCGGUGUGAGUGCGAUCCCGGUUGGUCGGGCACCGACUGUCUUACGCCGACCAUUCCCACGACGUUCCGGCCGCAGAGCUACGUCAAGUACGCGCUGUCGUUCGACGCCGACCGGUUCAUGACGAAAAUCCAGUUGCGGUUCAGGACGCGCGAGGAACACGGCGAACUGUUCCGGGUCAGCGACCAGCACAACAGGGAAUACGCCAUUUUGGAGAUCAAGGACAGUAGACUGCAUUUCCGAUACAAUCUGAACAGUCUGAGGACCGAGGAGAAGGACGUGUGGCUGAGCGCGGUCAUGGUGGACGACGGCAAGUGGCACACGGCCAAGGUGUCCAGGUACGGUUCGUCGGCCAUUCUGGAGUUGGACGGUGGCGAGGGGAAGAACUACAACGAGACGUACCGGUUCGAGGGACACCAGUGGCUGGUGGUCGACAAACAGGAGGGCGUGUACGCCGGCGGCAAAGCCGAGUACACCGGCGUCCGGACUUUCGAGGUUUACGGUGAUUUCCAAAAAGGUUGCUUGGACGACAUAAGGUUGGAGGGCAAGUAUUUGCCGCUGCCACCGGCCACCAACGGCACGCAGUGGGGCCAAGCCACCAUGGCCAGGAACGUGGAGAGGAACUGCCCGUCGAACAAGCCUUGCGCCAACGUCAUCUGCCAGGAGCCGUUCGAGUGCGUGGACCUGUGGAACUAUUACGAUUGCACGUGCGGCGAAGGCCGCAUAAUGACUUCGGACCGGAAAGGAUGCGUGGACAAGAACGAGUGCCUGGACAGUCCGUGCCACAACGGCGGCGUGUGCCUGAACCAAGAUCCGCGGAUGCGGUACCGGUGCAUAUGUCCCGACGGGUUUUGGGGCGAGAACUGCGAGCUGGUCCAGGAAGGCCAAAAGUUGAAAAUCGGAAUGGGUGCGCUCGCGGCCAUUCUCGUUUGUCUGCUGAUCAUUUUGAUUUUGGUCUUGAUGUUUGUCGUGUACAACCGCCGGCGCGAGUCGCACAUCAAGUACCCCGGGCCGGACGACGACGUCAGGGAGAACAUCAUCAACUACGACGACGAGGGCGGCGGCGAGGACGACAUGACCGCUUUCGACAUCACUCCAUUGCAAAUCCCCGUGGGCGGAUCCAUCAACAACAUGCAUCCGCAAAAAUACAAAUAUCCGACCUUGCCCAGAGGCGUUGAGCCCAACGUCGGCAUAUUCAUCGAAGACCACAAGAAGAGAGCGGACGGCGACCCAAACGCACCGCCUUUCGACGACCUCAGGAACUACGCGUACGAAGGAGGCGGCAGCACCGCCGGAUCGUUGUCUUCGCUUAACACAGGCAGUACCGAAGAAGACCACCAGGACUACGAGUACUUGGUGGCCUGGGGAUCUCAUUUCGACAAGUUGGCCGACAUGUACAGCAGAGACCUCCCAGUCGAUCUCGACCUGGACGACGAGCAGUAAACUAGAAUAUGACGAAGAUGAUAAAUGACAAAUUUACAACGUACAACAGCUGCUGCGACAGCUAUUAUUAAUUGAUUAGUCGAUCGAAAAUUGUACCUACUAUUUUUUUUUUGGGGGGGGCUACAAAUGAACUGAAAAUCUAGU